AUGUAUCCGGCCAUGCUCCCUACACCUCCUCCCUCUCCCAUCCCGCGCUGCUAUACGCCCGAGGACCGUUUAGGAUUGAUCUUAGCCAACCGCCUCGAGCUGACCGGCAUCCUGGGUGUCGGGGCGUACGGGGUGGUAUAUACGGCCGUGGAUAUUCAUACCAACAUUCGCUAUGCCGUCAAAGCUCUCAACAAGAACGGGCUGGACCCACGCCAACUGAGAUACCAGCAGCGGGAGAUCCGCCUGCACCACUUGGCCAGCCAACAUCCUAACGUCGUCUCCCUCGUCCGGAUCAUGGACUCCCCGGAUUGUACCUACGUCGUAAUGGAAUUCUGCCCAGAGGGUGAUUUGUUCUCCAACAUCACUGACAAGGGCAACUUUGUCGGUAACGAUCCCUUGGCCAAACGGGUUUUCUUGCAACUGCUGGAUGCCGUGCAGUUUUGCCACAAUCUCGGAAUCUAUCACCGUGAUCUCAAGCCGGAGAACGUCUUGGUGACGGACCAGGGAAUGACCGUCAAGCUGGCGGAUUUCGGCCUCGCCACCACGGACUACUUCACCUCGGAUUUCGGUUGCGGUUCGACGUUCUACAUGUCGCCUGAAUGCCAACAGACCAACCCUCGCCCCAUGUCCUGCUACUCUUCAGCAGCCAACGACGUCUGGAGUCUCGGCGUCAUGCUCGUCAACCUGACCUGUGGUCGCAACCCCUGGAAGCGUGCAUCCUUGGAGGAUUCCACAUUCCGGGCCUACCUCAAGGAUCCGUCCUUCCUGAAGACUAUCCUGCCCUUGUCCACGGAGAUGGUGUGUAUCCUGUCGCGCGUAUUCGAAUGCGAUCCUGCCAAGAGGAUCACCAUCCCGGAACUACGUCAGUUGAUUCUGGAGUGCCCCUGCUUCACCGAGACCCCCAUAGCCCCCCUGGACUGUUUCGUCCAGCCCUUCGUGCCCGUGGAACCCCUGCAUGCCCAGCAGUCUGGCGCCUCCUCGGACUCUUCUUACUAUUCGGACUUUUCCGAGUCGGCCGCGUCGAUCUCAUCUGCGCUCACCGAGGACUACACCGACUACAGUGAUUACAAUUGCAUGUCACCCAUCAUCUCUCAGCCCGUUCAGGUUCCGGACUGCAAGGUCGUGUUCCCCAUCCCAUCUGUGUGGAUCACUCUAUCCCCACGGAUACCUUUAUGGGACAUCCCAUUCCGGUCUAUUGAAUCUUUUUGA